AUGCGGUUUCUGAAAGAGAGCUGGGAGGUGGUGCGUGAUGAGGUUAUGGGCACUUUUCAGGAAUUUCAUUCUCAUGGCACAUUUGAGAAAUCAUUAAAUGCAUCUUUCAUUGCUCUUAUUCCUAAGAAGGGUAAUGCCUCUGACAUUAAGGACUUCCGGCCAAUCAGUCUUGUGGGGUGCAUGAGAAUGUGUCUAUUCCAGGAAGUUCCUGGUGUUUUAUGCAAACUUGACAUCGAGAAAGCUUAUGAUCACGCGAAUUGGAAAUUUCUUCUUUAUUUACUUCGGAGAAUGGGGAAUGGGGAUCAAUGGAUAAAAUGGAUUGAAUCUUGCAUUUCAUCAGUUAUGUUCUCUGUGCUUGUGAACGGCUCUCCUGCUGACGACACCUUGGUUUUCUGUGAUGCUGAUGUUUCCCAACUCAGGUAUUUGAGGUGCAUUCUUACAUGCUUCCAAGCAGUGUCUGGUCUUAAGAUUAAUGUUGGAAAGAGUGUGCUUGUCCCAGUGGGGGAGGUUUCCGAUAUUUCCUCUUUAGCUGCUGUUCUUGGGUGUGGAGUAGGUGUUUUUCCACUCCUUUAUAUGGGAUUACCUUUGGGAUCUCCUCCAUUAGAGUGGGGACUUGGGAUCCGGUGA